AUGACGCGUUUGAGUGACGGCGUCGCCUGUUCGUAUGCCGCUUGUCUGGCAGCCCUUCUGUACGUUUUUGGUCUGUUGGCUUGCAGGCGCUUAAUUCUGACGUCCGCUGGUGUGAGAGAAGUGGAGGCGGCCAAGAAUGCAGAUGGUAAAUAUAUUUCCCCGUUUCAUGACAUUCCGCUGUUUGCUGGAUCUAAAGAGGUCCUGUUUAAUAUGAUUGUAGAAGUGCCUCGUUGGACAAAUGCAAAAAUGGAGAUUGCCACUGAGGAGCCGUUGAAUCCCAUUAAACAAGAUAUAAAGAAAGGCAAGCUUCGAUAUGUGGCAAAUAUCUUUCCUCACAAGGGUUAUAUAUGGAAUUAUGGUGCCCUCCCACAGACCUGGGAAGAUCCCAACCAUACAGAUAAAAUUACAGGAUGCUGUGGGGAUAAUGAUCCUAUUGAUGUUUGUGAAAUAGGUUCAAAGAUUCGUUCUUCUGGUGAGAUUGUUCAGGUGAAGGUCUUGGGUGUUUUAGCUCUUCUUGAUGAAGGAGAGACAGAUUGGAAGAUAAUUGCUAUCAGUGUGGAUGACCCAGAUGCUCAGAAAAUCCAUGGUAUUGAUGAUGUCAGGAAGCACAAACCAGGUUACCUCGAGGCUACGGUUGACUGGUUCCGAUUAUAUAAAGUCCCUGAUGGAAAACCAGAAAAUCAGUUCGCUUUCAAUGGAGAAUUUAAAGACAAGGAUUUUGCGGUUGAAAUUAUUAAAUCCACCCAUGAAUACUGGAAAGCUUUGCUUCAUAAAAAAGCUGAUGGAGGUACUAUUAAUCGCACAAACGUUCUGAUGAGUGGCAGUCCAUUUUGUUGCAGUGAGGGGGAUGCCCGAGCAAUUGUGCAGUCGCUUUUUACAUCUGAAAAUGAUCACACUACUUCAGAAACCAGGAGUUUUCCAACGGUGAUAAACCAGAUUCCAGUCUGCUUGCCUGAACUGGAGAUUACUGCUGGCAGAAACUCGGCAAGAACAAGCCGAGUUUUCGACCCUUACAGUCGAGAGCAGAACUGUGUGACACAGUGA